UAAAUGUGAUUUAACUAAACCACUUGUACCAAAUGAUCGUUUUUUAACAAAGCAUGAUCUUGAACAAUUACCAACAAUACCGGAAUUCUUUGAUAAUGGAUACGUGUUUAUUACUGGGGGUACUGGUUUUAUGGGCAAAGUUCUAGUGGAAAAAUUAUUAAGAACGUGUCCUGGUAUAAAAAAAAUGUAUUUGUUAGUGCGACCAAAAAAGGAUGUUAAACAAAAAGAACGAAUUAAGUCUAUUAUUGACGGGCCGCUAUUCGAACUGUUACGAACCAAUUAUCCAGAAACCAUAUCCAAAAUUCAUAUAAUAUGUGGGGAUUGUGAACAAAUUAAUUUGGGAUUGUCAGAUAAAGAUGCGGAAUUAUUAAGAAAAACGGUUACAGUUGUUUUUCAUGUAGCUGCUUCCGUACGUUUUGAUGACACGUUGAAGAAAGCCGUUUUAAUGAAUGCACGUGGGACACGAGAUGUUAUUAGUUUAGCCAAGGAAAUGAAAAAUUUGAAGGUCUUGGUUCAUAUUUCAACAUCAUAUUGUAAUACCGACAAGAAAGUUAUUGAUGAAAUCGUUUAUCCACCUCAAGCUGAUUGGCGUAAAAUAAUUAAAAUGGCUGAAAGUAUGGAUGAUGAACUUUUGCAUAUAAUCCAACCUAAAAUUUUAGAUCACUUUCCAAAUACGUAUACAUUUACAAAAUCCUUAGCAGAAAAUAUUGUUUACGAAAAAUGUGAUCAAAUACCAACUGUGAUAUUUCGACCAUCUAUCGUGAUCAGUAGUUAUUCGGAUCCAAUACCAGGCUGGGUUGAUAACAUGAAUGGUCCAGUUGGCCUUAUCCUAGGUGUAGGAUUAGGAAUAAUUCGUACAAUGUAUUGCGAUGAGGAUGUAGUAGCUGAUUGGGUACCAGUUGAUGUUGCUAUUAGUGCAGUUAUAACAUCAGCAUGGUAUCAGGGAUGUGCAAACGAGUUAAAAAAGAAAGAAUGUUUGGUGAUAAAUGCGUGCACGUCAAAUACAAAGCCCGUUUCUUACAAGUCAGUAACAACAAACUCUCUGAAGUUAACAAAAAUAUAUCCAUUUAAUCGUGUAAUGUGGUAUCCUUUUGUGAAUAUGACGACGAAUAAUAUCUGUUACCAAUUGCAAGUAUUUCUGUUUCACAUUCUGCCUGGUCUAUUUUUAGAUGCUCUAUUAAAAUUGAAAGGUGAAAAAUUAAGCUUGAUGCGUAUUUAUCGUAAGGCUUAUUUUGCUAAUAUGGCUCUAGUAUAUUUUAUGACGAACGAGUGGCAUUUUAAAAAUGGGCAAUUUAUGUCCUUAUCUAAAGUGAUGAAAGAAGAAGAUCAGGAAACAUUCCAGUUGGACCUCUCAGAUCGGGAUCCUAUGGUCGCACUUAAAGAAGCAUUAUUUGGAACGAAAAAAUUUCUUUUAAAAGAAAGUCCGCAUUUUGAACGUACACUACCAAAGGCAAAAUCCAAAUUACGAAAAUUAUUUAUUUUACAUUGUACACUUUUCACUGGAGUUAUUGUGUUCGUACUAUUUUUAUUUUGGAGUAAUCAUAGUUUUCUACAUAAACAAAUUAUAAAGUUUUUAAAAUACAAAUUAAUAUUGGAAAUGGAAUUAAUUCAUCAGUCAUAA